CCACAGUCCGCACUCCAGACGAUCUGUCAACCUUUCCUCCACAAUCAUCAAAAAUUCCAUCUGAUAUACAAAUUUCUUGCCUCGUGAGUGGAUUCAAUAUUUUCAGUUCGUCUUUGUCCUCCGAUUGGCCGACCGGUACCAACAAAGAAAGGCCAGCUCACAUUUUCCGUCGCGACAGCAGCUCGACCUUUUGACAUUCACCACAACACAAAGAUCGUCCGAAUUCAAUAAAAAAUGUCUUCAGCGGAGGAGUCACCGGCCCAGAAGGCAUCUCGUCUACGCCGUGAGCGUCGUGAGGCCAAAAUCAGAGAUGGAGGAGCAGCGCGUUUGGAUAAAAUCACAAGCCUGAGUGGGCGGACACCAGCCCCCCGCGAAGAAGUUUCGCCAUCGCCAUCGCCGUCACCGCAGCCCCCAGCAUCCCUACCCACGUUGCCAGACGCCUCACUCCCUCCGUCACGACCAACAUCGGCACAAGCCACAACUCCAGGCGCAGAUGGUCAGUCGCCAGAAACCAUCCAGGCACAGCAAGAAUUCUUACGGUCAUUACUCCGCCAAAAUGGCCCAGCACCGGGACAGCAGGGACCUGAGGAAGAAGAUCCUACGAUGAAACUACUCAGUUCUCUUAUGGGAGGAGCAGGAGCAAUGCCACCUAUGGGCGACCAAGCCCCAGGUGCAGGCGCCGGUGCAGGCGCAGGCGCUGGCGGAGCUGCUGGCGGAGCUCCAGCAUUAUCGCCAGAGAUGAUGUCCGCUCUUGGCCUCCCUCCGUUCCUGUCAAACAUAAUAGGAGCGGUGAUGACACCCCAAUCGGAGGAGGAAAAGAAGCAGGCUUGGACAUGGAAGGUUCUGCAUGUCAUGUUCUCGCUGGCAGUGGCUUUCUAUCUGCUCUUGCUCAUUGGGUCAUCUGUUUCGACGUUCGGGAGCCAGCCGCCGCCGCCAGCAACGGCACGGAACCCGUUUCUAUUUUUCACGACCGGUGAAGUGAUGUUGAGUGGGGCGAGAAUGGCAAUUAAGAGCCGGGCCGGGGCCCGCGCUGGACUUGGGACGUGGAUUCAGUUAGGGAAAGACGUUGUGCGCGAUGGGAGUCUGGUGUUGUUUGUCUUGGGGAUGGGGACAUGGUGGCAUCGGGGGUGGAUGGCGUAUUAGGUUGAUUAGCUUGUUGGGAUAGUUAGCCUAU